AUGGCUCUGACGGCUGAGCAGCUCGAAGCAGUCAAGCGAGCAUCACACGAGGUUCUGGAUGACUGCCUUGCCUUCCUCGCGCGACUUUGCCAGCUGGACACAACGAACCCGCCUGGAGUCAACUACCGCGAGUGCGCGACCCUUAUCGCUUCACACCUCGACUCGCUCGGUUACGAGACGGAACUCCUCCUCGUCGAUUCAGCCGACCUGCCCGCUCUCGCUCCGCAUGCCGAAGGACACGAGCGAGUCAACGUUAUCGGCCGAAGGAAGAGCGAGGCGAAGGAGCCGACGCUCGUCGAGGUUGCGGGAAAGACGAGGGAGAAGACGCUGCACUUCGACGGCCACUUUGACGUCGUUCCGAUCGGCGACGCCUCGACUUGGGUUCACCCACCUUUCGGCGCCGAAAUCGUCGAGGUCGAAGGCGGAAGGGCGAUGGUUGCGCGGGGCGUCAGCGACAUGAAAGGAGGGAUCGCAGCAGCAAUCUGGGCAGUCGAAGCCGUGAAGCGCGCGGGACUCAAGCUUCGCGGGACGGUCGAGCAUUCUGGCGUGGUAGACGAGGAGAGUACAGGCAUCAGAAACGCUGGAGCAGGCUGGCUUGUUGAGCAGGGUCACGUCUCGCCUGAGAAGGUCGACGGAGUCGUCAUCACGGAACCUCUGAACGUUGAGAACGUCUGCCUGGGUCAUCGAGGCGCGUUGUGGGCGACUAUCGUUUUUCACGGUGUCGCUUCUCACGGUGCAACUCCCCAACGCGGCGUCAACGCCCUCACACACGCCGCUACCUUCAUCGUCCGCGCGCAGGAAAAGAUCGUCCCGCACCUGUCCACUCUCCUCGACACCCGCGUAAUCCCCUCCGAAGCGCGCACCGCCUCACUCACAUUCACCGUCCUCAACGCCGGCAAAGGUCAAAACUCUGUACCGGACCUCGCGACGCUCAAAUGCGAUCGAAGGCUCGUACCCGGCGAGACUUUGGACGAGGCGAGGAGGCAGAUUCAUGAGGUUUUGGAGGAGUGUCAGGCGCAGAUGGGUGGACCGGAGGUGUUUAGGUAUGACUACAAGGAGGACUACAGUACGGAGCCGGUGUGGGUGGAUGAAGAGCUGGAGCUGUGUCGGAUUUGGGCGGACUCGGUCGAGCGGGUGGUCGGUCAGAAGGCGGGAAUCGUGUGCAGCCCAGGCUCAGACGACCAACGCUUCUUCGUUCGAGGCGGGAUCCCCCGAACAAUUGUCUACGGUCCCGGCAACAUCAAGCAAGUCCACAACCACGACGAGCAUCUCCUCCUCGACGACUUGCGGAAGGCAAUCGAGGUGAUGGCGCUAGGAGCGUGCGAGUUCCUCGGCGUCGAGUAG